AUUAAGGGAGAUUGAUGUGUUUGUUGGUAGCACAAUUCAUUGUCGCUAUAACACCAUGUGGUCUCUAAAGUGUGCAUCUGCUGUUGCUGUAAUUCUGCUCAGUCUAGUUGUUGUUAAUGAUGCUAAAAAGACAUCAAAGCGACCAGACCAGACCACAACGGCACCAUCUGAAACUUCUGAUGUUGUGGAUGUGGCCAAAAAGACGCCAGAUCAUCCAGACCAGACCACAGUGGCACCUUCUAAAUCUAAUGGUGCGCUAUAUGAAGACCAUCCAGUCACCACUGUAGCCUCAGCUAGCCACAACCAGCCCAACAGCAGCCAAGCAGGAGUUACAGGUGCCGUGAGUGAACAUGCUGUUGAACUGGAUGAGGAAGAACAUAUUGCAGAGGGAACACCGACUGGCAAUUUCCCAGAGACCUCCCGUUUUGACCCCAGCAUUGCUGAUGGAAGUGACUCAGGAGUGGAAAUGGCUGAAUCUUCAAUGUCUUUGGGGACACCUUGGGGCAAUUGUCCAUAUCGUUGGACUGUCUACAAUAGCCGUUGCUACAGGUUUUUCAGGAUUCCCAAGGAAUGGUUGCACGCAGAGAUGCAGUGUGUCUCCCAUGGUGGCCAUCUUGCAUCAGUCCAUAACUAUGUUGAGAACUUCCUUGUGGGGUGGCUGUCUGGAGGUUGGAGUGGUGUCUGGAUCGGUGCCACCAGAAAUAUGGGAUUUGGAUGGUCCUGGACCGAUGGCUCUCCUUUUUCCUACAGAAACUGGCAAAGACGGCAGCCAAACAACCUUGGUGGCAAUCAAAAUUGCAUACACACAAAUUACAGGGGUGCUGGUUUCUGGAAUGAUGCUGAAUGCCAUUAUUCGCUCCCUUAUGUGUGUGUUCUGGAUUGAGAGGUCCUUCAUGGUGACUACCAUAUGUGCUGAGGGAUUGCAGCCAGUCCAGUCACCAACCUGCUGCUGUAUUUCCUUGAGUGCGCCAUCCCUUUGGUCUUCCAUCUACAGCUUAUGCAUAAUAAAGCCUGAGAAAGAAGA